AUGGACAAGAAACUGUGCAACUCUUCUCAAGAUCCGGAAGUGAGAAAGGGGCCAUGGACAAUGGAAGAAGACUUGAUCCUCAUCAACUAUAUAGCAAACCAUGGUGAAGGUGUCUGGAACUCCUUGGCUAAAGCUGCUGGUCUUAAACGUACCGGAAAGAGUUGCCGGCUCCGGUGGCUAAACUAUCUCCGUCCGGAUGUUAGAAGAGGGAAUAUUACACCGGAGGAACAGCUUCUCAUCAUGGAACUUCAUGCAAAGUGGGGAAACAGGUGGUCCAAAAUUGCAAAGCACCUACCUGGAAGAACAGACAAUGAGAUAAAGAACUUCUGGAGGACUAGGAUCCAGAAGCAAAUGAAGCAAUCUGAGAAUUUAUUCCAGCAACAACAGGGUUCUUCUGAUCAAAUAAAUGAUCCUCAAGCAAGCACUAGCCAACUUUCCACAAUCUCUGAGCCUAUGGAGCCCUAUUCUUCAUCCUCUUACCAACAACUAUUGGAGCCAUUUUCAGCUCCUCAGUUCCCCACCACAAUCCCUGAUAAUCAGAAUCAGACCAGUACUAGUAGUACUAAUGACAACAACAACUAUUGGAGCAUGGAGGAUUUCUGGUCAAUGCAAUUACUUAAUGGUGAUUAAAUAUAUAAAAAUAAUAUAAUCUAUAUAAUUAACCUAAGUGGUUAAGUUCCAUGAAGCUGGAGUACUGUCUCUUGCGGAAUUAAAAAAAAACAUUAUUAGGCUUGUCUAUAUAAGUAGUAGUUUGAUGUUUGGUGACUUGCGUGCCAUUAAGAGCUAAAUGAGUUAUGUGCUGUAAUAUAUGAGCUUAAUCGAACUUUAUCUGCAUGUGCUUGCAUGUGGAGUGUACUAAGAGAUAUGAUUGAGAACCACAAACCUGGAACUUAAUAUGUAUUCCCUGUGGCAGGCUUGAUUAUUUAUUAGAUUGUUUUUUUAUUUUA